UUGGCUUACGUCAGCUCUCCUUCUUCUGACGGAGACACCUCAGGCCCAGGGUCGUGCUUGGAAUGGAAGAUGAGGGUCUCUCAGAUGUGUGAUCUAUAUGCCUGAGGGGAUGUUGCCUCAAGAUGAUGAUUUUUUUUCUUCGUUUCAGGUUGUCGCAUUGUUCCAUUGCUCAUUCCACAUAACCAAGGGUAAUAUCAUAGACUGGUUUCUGAAACAGGACCACAUCGAUCUAGAUGGAUUAGAGUAUUCAUGCCUCCCCAGUGGUUUGCACCUGGUGGAGAAGGAUGUUAUUUAUAUAUCUCGCGAUGGUUAUGAAGGUGUCUGUGUUUAUCGACGGCGCCAGACUGAGGAGGAGGGUCUGCGGGGUGCCAGGUUCAGUGCCAUCGGUCUCCUGGUUGAGAAAUCAACGCGACCCAGGCCAUGGCGGCAUUUGAAACAUCUUCAUGCUCUCUCAUCUGAGUUGGACAAUUGUCCAGAUAAUCGUCAGAUUCUCGCUCAUUAUUAUGAGGACCAUAAACAAUCGGCGACGAAUACCGAAGGACCGUGGGUUGACUGGCCCACAGAGCUGUCCCUCCAUCCAGAUCACCCCCUUCAUCGUCUACCACUACUGAUAAAUAUAUUAGGACCAAGCACAGUGACUGUUUUCAAAUAUGUAUUGGCCAGGAAGCGGAUCAUGAUAUAUACGCAUCCUGCCACGGAGUUGUCGUGCUUGAUGGCUAUGAUGAUUUCACAAGUCUGUCAUCAGAAACGAGAAGCAGCAUCCGAACCUCCGGUCACAAUUUUGGGGAUGGUGGGUUUGACGGAUCUAGACCGUUUAGCGCUGGAAGCAUCAAGAGGCUACGGGUGGAUAGCCUGUAGGGCAAAUGAUUCAUUUGGUGCCUUUGAUGCUGAUGCUGAUGAUUACAGGCACAACCGACAAGCUGUUUUUCGAUAAGACGACAACGUACGAUUUGAU